AUGUGGACACAGAGACAGGCAUGUGAGGACACCGGGAGAAGACAGCCCUGUGCAAGCCAGGGGGACAGCGGCCGCCUCAGAGCCUUCGCCCGGACCUUGGAAGACACCGACCCUGCCAAGCCCCCCGUGUCGCGCUUCCACCUCCAGAAGGGCCAGAGAAUAGGUUUCUCCUGGUUAAGCCGUCCACUCUGCUGCUUGGUCCCGCGGCCCGGGCAAAAUGCCACACGGCACAAACAGCUGCUGGCUGUGAAACGGGGGACCCCCAUGUACAAGACUCUCCGCUGGGGGACUGGGCGGUUAGGGCAUUCUGGGCCUCUGGAAAGCUGGGGGUCCCCAGGCAGUGUGCUGCUGGGACCCCCGAGGGCUGCCCUCUGGACGCCUCAGUUCUCUUCCUCACAGGCCGGCCCAGGCUCGCCCUCGGGCAACAACGGACAAGCAGCAGUGAAAAGGGGCGCCAGACCCUGGGGGGCCCAGGCUCUGAACAGGCUCCCCAUCACCGCUGCUGUGCUAUGGAGGCCAGAGGCAGUCACGAGGCCCUGUGGUGCACAGCACGGGGACACGGACUCUGCCACUCAGGGGCAGGGCCGGCAAGGGACACUGGAAAGGACUUGGUGCAGCGGAGGGAGGGAGAGUUGGGGCCCAUGUCACCGUCGACCCCACACAUUCACACUUUACAGAGAAGGGAGGCUCCAAGAAGCGCGUGCCCGAGGCCACAGGGCUCACCCGCAGACUCGGACGCGAGUGUCCCGGCCCCGCUCUCACCGCUCCGCUCCCCGCGCAGGCUUGUCCCUUUGCCCCGCUCGCCGGGGCAGCCGGGGCGGAGUGUUUGCCCCCCAGGGCCUUGUCACUGCUGCUUCUGGAAGUAACCUGGGUCUGUCCCGACAUGGACCAACCGCAGGCCCAGCGAGGAGGAGGGUGAUUCUUGUUGAGCGAGAACAUCCAGCAUUGCCUUCGGCGUGGACGCUGCCCAGCGCUGUGGCACUUCUGGCUGGAACGUCACGGAAUUCCCCACCGAGAUGGGGGCGCGGGCCUGUUGUUCCAGGCCGGGGGCGCACGGUCAGCGUCCUCUGUGCACCUCAGAACCGUGGAGGAGCUCUGGCCCUCGGGCACGGGGAACCGCCAGGCCGGGCAGGCCCGAAGACAGUGGGUGACAAACAGGAAGGUCUGCGCUCCCUUCAGGACUUGCAGGAAGAGGAACAGAAAGAAGCACAGGGGUCUGAGCCACCCACCGGGUCAUUCCGAUGGAAAGUUCCGGGGCAGAAAACAGCAUCACCCAUCAGCUCAGAUGGGGAGCGGGUGAGCCACAGCCCAGGGGCCAAAGCCAGCGCUCUGCCUGCUGUGGUCUGUCAAGUCUUCCAAGAACUCGUUCACUCACAUUGCUCCGCAACCAGUUACCAGGCUGUAACCACCGGGCUGGGGUUGAAAUGCAGAGUGUCCAACCUUGAACGCCGAAAUGAUUUUCUACCUGGUCCUUCAGGCGUGAGUCAGCUUGGCCCUGAUCUGUGCCCUUGAGCCUGAAG